AUGGGCCUCUGCGCCGCCGCCCUGCUCUGGGGUCCCCCAGGGCUGCUCCUGGCCCUCACCCUGCACCCAGGCCUCGCCCUGCGCCCGCACAGGGACUACUGCGUGCUGGGCGCGGGGCCCGCUGGCCUGCAGAUGGCCUACUUCCUGCAGCAGGCAGGGCGUGACUACGUGGUCUUCGAGCACAGCGCGGGCCCGGGCAGCUUCUUCACACGCUUCCCUCGCCACCGCAAACUCAUCAGCAUCAACAAGAGGCACACGGGCAAGGUCAAUGCCGAGUUCAACCUCCGACACGACUGGAACUCCCUGCUCAGCCACGACCGUCGCCUGCUCUUCAGACACUACUCCCGGGCCUACUUCCCUGAUGCCAGCGACAUGGUACGCUACCUGGGCGACUUUGCGCACAGGCUGGGCCUCCACGUGCUGUACAACACGACCAUCGCCCAUGUCACGCUGGACAAGGAUGGGCAGGCCUGGAAUGGCCACUACUUUGUCCUGACUGAUGAGAAGGGCCAGACCUACCAGUGCAGUGUCCUUCUUGUCGCCACGGGCUUGUCGGUCCCCAACCAGGUGGACUUCCCCGGCUCCGAGUAUGUGGAGGGCUAUGCAUCAGUGUCCAUCAACCCCAAGGACUUCGAGGGUCAGAACGUGCUGAUCCUGGGCCGUGGGAACUCCGCCUUCGAGACGGCAGAGAACAUCCUGGGCGUCACCAACUUCAUCCACAUGCUGAGCCGCUCCCGGGUCCGACUGUCCUGGGCCACCCACUAUGUCGGAGACCUCAGAGCCAUCAACAACGGCAUCCUGGACACCUACCAGCUCAAGUCCCUCGACGGGCUGCUGGAGUCCAACCUGGAGGACCUGGCCAUCGUGAAGGACCCUGAGGGAAAGUUCCACAUCACCCUCAAGUUCCUCGUGGAGGAAGCCAACCAGAGUGCCGAGGCCGUGGCCCUCCCCCAGGACGAUAACGACAACUUUGCCCUGCGUGUGGCCUAUGACCGCGUCAUCAGCUGCCUGGGCUGGAACUUCAACUUCUCCAUCUUUAACAGCUCCCUCAGACUUUCCUCGGGGAGUGCUUUAAGCAAGAAAUAUCCACUGAUCAGACCUAGCUAUGAGUCCAAGGGAACCCGGGGCCUCUUCGUCCUGGGCACUGCCAGUCACUCCGUGGACUACCGCAGAUCCGCAGGGGGUUUCAUCCAUGGAUUCCGGUACACAGUGCGUGCUGUCCACCGGCUCCUGGAGCAUCGUCACCACAGCGUCGCCUGGCCCUCCACCGAGCGUCCUGUCACCCAGCUGACCAACGCCAUCAUCCGGCGCGUGAACGAGGCGUCUGGACUCUACCAGAUGUUCGGUGUGCUGGCCGACGUUGUCCUGCUAAAGGAGAAUGCCACAAGGUUUGAGUACCUGGAGGAGUUCCCCAUGCAGAUGCUGGCCCAGCUAGAGACCCUCACGGGAAGAGAGGCCAAGCAUGGGCUCUUCGUCAUCAACCUGGAGUACGGCAGGAACUACUCGGGCCCCGACAAGGACGUCUUCUUCUAUGACCGCUCGGUGGGGCACAUGGAGGACGCAUGGCAGUCUAACUUCCUCCACCCCGUCAUCUACUUCUACAGACACCUCCCCACCGAGCAGGAGAUGAGGUUCCGCCCUGCAGACUGGCCACUGCCUCGGCCCGCCGCCAUCCACCACAUCGUGGAAGACUUCCUGACCGACUGGACCGCCCCGGUCGCACACAUUCUACCUCUGCGGCGCUUCCUGGAGAACUGCUUGGACACUGAUUUGCGAAGCUUCUAUGCAGAGUCCUGCUUCCUCUUCGUCCUGACGCAUCAGAAGCUGCCACCCUUCUGCCAGCAGGGCUACCUGAGGAUGCAGGGCCUGGUGGGGACCGAGCACCUCCGGCGACACGGCGUGGAGAGCGGGCUCCUGAGGGACUAUGCCACCACGGCGCAGAGGCCUGGCCACCAGGUGCCAGAGGGUCACCCCCUGGCUCCAGGACCUACAGUCCAGCCCCUGGAUAACACCAAGAAUGAGCUCUGA